CUGAUAAUUACCCUAUUAUCAAAGUGAAAAAAAUACAAAAAAAAGUCGAGAUAUUACUCGUGCAAUUUUCGAAAAAAGGAAAGUAGAAUUAAAAAUGAAAAAAAAUAAACAUCCUUGAGUCACAAACCUGCUGAACCGAGGGCGAACACAACUCGAGCAAAUCAACAUCAAGCCAACCUAAAAAACAAUGGAAAAGUCAUAUCCUUCUCUCUCAUCACUCAGUCGUCGGCUUCUCUUGAAGCAGAGCAGAGGAGCAAAAGCACUUCCAACGACGGAGGAACAAGAAAUCCUCACCACCACCACCACCCCAACCCGACUCCCCAACUACUGGGGCACCACACCAGAGCAAGACUACUACAAUCUCCAGGGCAUCAAAUCCUCCAAAUCCUUCUACACCUCCCCCAGAGGCCUCAAGCUCCUCACCCGCCAAUGGCUCCCCCUCCGUCGUCCCGUCUUUAUGGUCCACGGCUACGGCAACGACAUCAGCUGGACCUUCCAAGCCACCCCGAUUUUCCUCGCCCAAACCGGCUUCGCCUGCAUCGCUCUCGACCUGGGGCUAGGCGGCUCCGACGGCCUCCGCGCCUUUGUCCCCGACGUUGGCCUUGUGGUCAACGACUGCGUAUCAUUCUUCAAUUUGGUCAAACAGCAGGACCCCCAAUUUCAUGGACUCCGCUGUUUUUUAUACGGCCAGUCCAUGGGCGGGGCGGUUUGCCUCCUCAUGCACUUCGCCGCCCCGCGGCGUCAGAAGAAAUGGGCGAUAGUCCCCACCGCCGACCUGAUUUGGAAGUCAGUGAAGGUGGAGGAGAAGAAGAUCGUGGCGGAGGUGAAUCCGGCGAGGUACCGGGGAAAGCCGAGGCUGGCGGCGGUGGUGGAACUGCUGAGAGUGACGCAGUACGUGAGCGAGGGAUUGUUGGACGUGAGCCUUCCGUUUAUUGUGUUGCACGGCAGCGCUGAUGUGGGGACGGGCCCGGAGGUGAGCAGGGCGUUGUAUGCGGCGGCGAAGAGCGAGGAUAAGACGUUGAAGAUUUAUGAGGGGAUGAUGCAUUCCUUACUCUUUGGGGAGAUUGAUGAGAAUGUGGAGGUUGUGAGGGGAGAUAUUUUGGGUUGGUUGAAUCACCGGUGCGGCGGCGGCGGCAAAAGAGAUGAAUGACGUGAGAUUCUUGCAUUAAUGCCUAAUUGUUACACGUUCAGAGUUCGAUUCACUGGAUUCCCCGCCCUUUCGAACUUAUGUAUAUCUCUAGAACUUACAUUUCACACCGAAGCCAUUCACUUGUAAAUGAGGUCUCAAGGUCGCAGAUUCAGCUCACUCAAAUGGCGAGUUCUUAUCACUGACAAGAACUCGCCAUUUGGUAUCAAAAUACCAAAAAAAACCAAAACCUGGUCUCAGUCAUCCCAUCUCGAAUUGUCACGAAUCAACAGGGCAGCAAAGUAGCAACAAAUCAUUAAAAAAAUAAAAAAAUAAAA